AUGCAAAUUUGGUGCCUUCUAUCACUUAUUCUAACUAUAAUUGUCCCACUUUUGGCUCAAAUUCUAUCGCAGCCAACUGCGAUAUUUGCGACAACAGGUAGUAAAUGUCUCAAUGAUUGCUCGAAACAAGGAUCGCUUAUUUUUACUGCUUCUAAUCUUCGUAAUUUCGGAAAAAUUGUCUUACAUGUCGAGGAAUUCUGCAACAGCCGUAAGAAACUAAUGAUAUGUGCUGAAUCAUGCAGUGAUGAAGAGCGGGAUGAGUUGGCUAAAAUGGCAUCACUGAGUACAUAUAUCUGCAAGGAUAAAAUAGAAGAAUUUCGAUUGGUUAGAGAAUGUAUGGAAAAUCAAGAGGAUAUUGAUGGUAUCAAUAAAUGUUCCACUGAAUGUGGACAUCCUUCUGAUGCUACCGUUCAACUUGAUUCAUCACCUGCUGCACCUGUUAAUCCAUUUAUAUCCAUCAGUAGCAUUGCACAAGUUUGCCGUACGAUUGAAUGUGUCAUGAAGUGUUCUAUAGCGGAAUCAAAUAAAAUGUGUGCUGGAAGCGGUUAUUUACUUAGGGAUAUUGGUUUCAAACAAGUAAUAGAAGCAAACGAUCAAUUACAAAAUAAUGCAUUUAAUUCAUCGUCGGCUACACAACAAUUAGCUAAAAUAUACUUGGAAUCACUUCCUCAGCAAUGUAUUUAUAUUAUCGAUCCUGUCAAUUACAACAUGACGUUCGCACAGGAUAAAAUAAAUAAUGAGACCAAGACAAUAAUGUCAGAAACAUCGGAGAAUGGUGGAAAUACGAUAAAACCGAGCAGCAGUAUCAUAGAAGAAGAUGAAAUGUUUAAUACCAAAAACGAUGCUGUUAUUACACGGAUAUUUGGUGCAGAAUUUACUACUCAAACUACUGAAGUAUCAGAAGAUGAUGACAUGAUGGCGAAGGACAUGGGAACAGAAGAAACGACGAUGGCUGUAACACCGAAAAUACAGGAUGAAUCAGAUAUUCUAACGAAAUCAUCAAUAACAUCUGACGAUGUUGCUUCUACUGCAGAAAGUGCUGAUAAUAGAUCGAUGAAGUCUAAAAUAGCGGUAAUACUAUCCGGUGAAGCCAAGGGACAAGAAGAUGAAGAAGAAGCGACCGUGUCAUCAUCAGUAGCAUCAAUUUCAACAGAUGAUCGAUCGACGCUUAUGGAAGAUCAUGAGGAGGAAGGAACAGCUACUGCAGCAAGUCAUGAACCGGAAAAGGAGAAGCACGAACAGGAACGAAAGGAGGAGGAAGAUGAGGAUAAAAUGAUAAUAUGGUCAUCGAAGGAAGAGGAAACUACAACGAUUACUAUCCAAAAAUUGAAUGAAAAUGAAGAAGAAAGAGAAAAUAACGACGAGAUGGCGCAUUUGCAACAUCAUAGCACUCCUGUCACAACUCCAGAAAUGACAGAACGUAUCAUAGUGGUUGUGAACGAUGAUAAGGAUCAUGGAAUUGAUACCAAUACUAUUGUACAACAUACUGCGGUUGAACAACAACAAAAGGAUGCCAUGAAACAAGGCACACGUGAAAGGAUCACUCUAUCAAUACUACUAAUCCUUCCUUUGAUUUCAUUAUAUCUUUCUAAUCAAUGA